CACGCUCGCGCUCCACACACACACACACGUGGAGAAGGGGGGCCCCCCUCGCGCUGUCAGCAGAGAGGAAGGUUGACAAGGUGUGUCUCCGUCCUGAGGAGUAAAUUACCGCGCCUUGCUGUCAGCCUGCAGUGCCAAAGUCUCAUCAUCAUCAGCAUCAGCAUCAUCAUCAUCAUCAUCAUCAGCAUCUCAGCCGAGGAUGCCGCAGACAAACAAAUCCAGAAACGCCCCAGUGUGUGACUCCUCAUGCUCGGGGGCCACAGCAGAGGAUGCAGACCCGGUGUCCCGGGAGGAGAUCCUCGCUGCAGGUGAUGGUGGAGGUGGAGGAGAGGAUAAUAUUGGAGACAGCGAGAUAAUAAAGUCUCCCAGUGACCCCAAACAGUACAGGUACAUCGUGCUGGACAACGGGCUACGAGCUCUGCUCAUCUCAGACUACAGCGGCCUUGCAGCGUCUGAAGAUGAAGACGAGGACGAAGACGAGGACGGUGAAGAGGAGGAAGAAGAAGGAGAAGAAGAGGAGGACGAUGAAUCAGGAGAUGAAUCAGAUGACGAGGAAGACGACGACGAGCAGGGGAGCGAUGGUGAUUAUGAAGAUGAUGACGACGAGGGGACGAAGAAGAAAAGAAAUGCAGAGAAGCAGUCUGCAGCAGCGCUGUGUGUUGGAGUGGGCAGCUUCAGCGACCCCAGUGACCUCCCUGGCCUCGCUCACUUUCUGGAACACAUGGUGUUCAUGGGCAGUGAGAAGUACCCCUCAGAAAACGGCUUUGAUGCUUUCCUCAAGAAGCAUGGAGGGAGCGACAACGCCUCCACCGACUGCGAGAGGACUGUCUUCCAGUUUGACGUCCAGAGGAAAAGCUUCAGAGAAGCUCUUGACAGGUGGGCUCAGUUCUUCAUCUGCCCCCUGAUGAUCCGAGACGCCAUCGAUAGGGAGGUGGAGGCUGUUGACAGCGAGUACCAGCUGGCUAAGCCGUCGGACUCCCACAGGAAGGAGAUGCUGUUUGGCAGUUUGGCUAAACCUGGACACCCUAUGGGCAAGUUCUGCUGGGGGAAUGCCCAGACGCUGAAGCAGGAGCCAAAGACGAAGAAGAUCAAUGUCUAUAAACGGCUGCGUGCCUUUUGGAAGAAACACUACUCUGCCCACUACAUGACUCUGGCGGUGCAGUCAAAAGAGAAGCUGGACACUCUGGAGGAGUGGGUGAGAGAGAUCUUCAGCAAGGUGCCUAACAAUAAGCUGCCGAAGCCAGAUUUCUCUGAUAUGUUGGAUCCCUUUGACACAGCAGCUUUUAACAAGCUCUACAGAGUCGUCCCUGUGAGGAAAGUUCAUGCUUUGAAUAUCACCUGGGCUCUCCCACCUCAGGAGAAAUACUACAGAGUCAAGCCUCUCCACUACAUCUCUUGGCUGAUUGGCCAUGAAGGCACAGGAAGCAUCCUCUCAGUGCUCAGAAAGAAGUGUUGGGCUCUGGCUUUGUUUGGAGGAAACAGCGAAACCGGCUUUGACCAAAACACCACCUACUCUAUCUUCUCCAUCUCCAUCACCCUCACCGAUGAAGGCUUCCAAAACUUCUACCAGGUGACUAACCUGGUGUUCCAGUACCUGAAGAUGCUGCAGACACUCGGACCACAGCAAAGAAUAUACGAAGAGAUUCAGAAGAUCGAAGCGAAUGAGUUCCACUAUCAGGAGCAAAUCGACCCUAUAGAGUACGUCGAGGACAUCUGCGAGAACAUGCAGCUGUUCCCUAAAGACGACUUCCUGACAGGAGAUCAGCUGAUGUUUGAGUUCAACCCAGAAGUGAUCAGUGCAGCCUUGUCCCUCCUCACUCCAGAGAAAGCCAACCUGAUGCUGUUGUCGCCAGAACAUGAGGGCCAGUGUCCCCUCAGGGAGAAGUGGUUUGGCACACAAUACAACAUGGAGGACAUCCAGCAGGAGUGGGUGGAGCGGUGGACGGGAAACCUGGAGCUGAACACUGACCUCCACCUUCCCGCUGAGAACGAGUUCAUCGCUACUGACUUCACCCUGAAGCCCUCUGACUGCCCAGACACCGAGUUCCCCGUCCGGAUAGCCGACAGCGACAGGGGCUGCCUGUGGUACAAGAGGGACAACAAAUUCAAAAUCCCUAAAGCCUACAUCAGAUUCCACAUAAUCUCUCCUGUAAUCCAGCAGUCUGCUAAGAAUGUGGUCUUGUUUGACUUGCUGGUCAACAUACUAGGCCACAACCUCGCAGAGCCGGCCUACGAGGCUGAAGUGGCCCAGCUAGAGUAUAAACUGGUGGCCGGUGAACAUGGCCUGGUCAUCAAGGUCAAAGGAUUUAACCACAAACUGCCUCUGCUUUUCAACCUGAUCAUUGACCACCUGGCUGAUUUCUCUGCCUCCCCUGACGUCUUCAGCAUGUUCGCAGAGCAGCUCAAGAAAACCUACUUCAACAUCCUCAUUAAGCCGGAGAAACUCGGCAAGGACGUGCGCUUGCUGAUCUUGGAGCACUCUCGCUGGUCCAUGGUGGAGAAGUGUCAGGCUCUGACAGCUGGUCUGACCAGCAGUGAGCUGAUGGAGUUCAGCCAGAAUUUCAGGGCCGAGCUUUACGCCGAGGGAUUGGUUCAGGGCAACUUCAGCAGCGCUGAGUCAAAACAGUUCCUCCAGUAUGUCACAGAAAAGUUACAUUUCUCUAAGCUGCCAACAGAGGUGCCGGUGAUGUUCAGAGUGGUGGAGCUUCCUCUGAAGCAGCACAUCUGCAAAGUUAAAUCGCUCAAUAAGGGAGACGCCAACUCCGAGGUCACCGUUUACUACCAGUCUGGGCCCAAAGCCUUGAGGGAGCACACACUGAUGGAGCUGCUGGUGAUGCACAUGGAGGAACCCUGCUUUGACUUCCUCCGGACCAAAGAGACUCUGGGGUAUCACGUCUACCCCACCUGCAGAAACACCUCGGGCGUUCUAGGGUUCUCUGUCACCGUGGAAACACAGGCCACCAAGUUCAAUACGGAGCUGGUGGAGUUAAAGAUUGAAGAGUUCUUGGCUUCAUAUGGGGAGAAGCUCAAUUCGCUGACUGAGGAGGCCUUUAAUACUCAGGUGACUGCUUUAGUGAAGCUGAAGGAGUGUGAAGACACACACCUUGGGGAGGAGGUGGACAGAAACUGGGCCGAGGUGGUUACACAGCAGUAUGUGUUUGACAGGCUCAACAGAGAGAUCGAGGCUCUGAAGCAGAUGACCAGGACUGAGCUGGUCUCCUGGUACAAAGAACAUCGAGGACAGAACAGCCGCAAACUCAGCGUGCACGUGGUGGGAUUUGGUGCUGAAGAGAAUGAUGAGGAGGUUGGUGGUAAAAAACAAGAAGGAGAGGAGGGCAAAGGGGAGGAUAUAAGUGGCUCUACCUAUGGCGAGGUGUCUAAGCUGACCUUCCUGCCCGCCUCACCGAAGAUGGCAGGCGCCGUAGCCAUCAUGGACAUUCCUGCUUUCAUCGGAGGGCUCCCUCUCUUCCCCUACCACAAGAUACUGGAAUAAACUGUGAGACAGAUGGCUGUGCUUUGCCUCUCGCUGAACCACGUUCAGGGACUGCUUCAUUAGAGAUGCAGGCACUUAUAAUAUGAUAUGUGGAGGUGAAGUAAGGCUGAAAAAGCUUCGGCUCGGCUCUGGACCUGGAUUCUGUCUCCGGAGCACCGGCUGUAGAUUUUAACCACGCUGUGUGCAUAAGCAAAAAGCCUGGAAGUGAUGAUUUCUUUUUAGCUAACUGAUAAUCUAUUCUGCUUUCUCACACUUAAUUAUGUUGUAUUCUCAGAAACCCGGGGAGUGUGGGGAUCUAUUUCUCCCCACACUGACUGAAAAUCUUUGAAUCAAACUCUCAUUUAUUUGGUUCUCUGAGCUCUGCUGCUGCUAUUACAACUGCAAAUCCCUGUCCCUGUCACUGUAUGUGUGGGAGCUCAGAUUAAUACCAUUUUUAAAGAAAAAAACACACACUCACAAAUCAACUGUGAAAACUGCGGAAAAGCCGAGUCCUUUGAACUCCAGAAAUGUGUUUUUGAGUGACUGUGUGCUGGAUUUGAAGCUCUGCUGUGCACUACUGUUAUUAACUGACCUGGAUCAUGUCAUGGAAUGAAACUGUGCAAAGAAAUAAAUUGAUGAGUAACGAGUGAA